AAAAAAGCGUUCUUUCCUUCUUUUCAUUGCAAAAGGAGUAAAAGCGGCAGCAGCAGAAAAACCCCUUCUUGCCCCCGCCCUCCGCCGCCGCCGCCGCCGAGGAGCCGGCCGUCCGCCGUCUCCCUCUCGCCCGUGGGCGUCAGACGGCGGCGGAGGCGGCCCCCCCUCCUUCUGCUGCUGCUGGGAUGGCCUCGAGCGCCGGAGGGGACCCGCCGCCGCCGGGGCUCUUCGCUGCUGCCUUACACGCUUGUAGUGGUGCAAGCGCACUUGAAGAACAUAUACAUGCUGAUGAUAGCAACACCAUUUCAGAUAAUACCCUGGAACAGUUGGGUUUUCUAGACCAAGAGUCAAAUGAUGCAAGCGUUAACACAGAAAAGAUACAAUCAAGCACACCAAAAUGCAAAUCAGUGGAAGACAUACCAAUAGCACCAGCUGCAAAGAGAUGUAAGAACAUGGAUUCCAAGAAACUUGUCCCAAACAGCAAUAACAAUUCAUGUCUCACUGGUAGCCAGGCUCCCAGAAAGCUUCCCAGAAAGGGGGACUACCCUGUUCAACUACGUCGGAAUGAAACAUUUCAGGAUACAAAGCCUCCCAGCACUUGGAUAUGUAAAAAUGCGGCCUGCAAAGCUGUGUUGACCGCUGACAAUACAUUCUGUAAGCGGUGCUCAUGCUGUAUUUGUCAUCUUUUCGAUGACAACAAAGAUCCUAGCCUUUGGCUGGUCUGCUCAUCGGAAACUGGUGACAGGGAUUGCUGUGAGUCAUCGUGCCACAUUGAAUGCGCACUCCAGCAUCAGAAGGUAGGAUGCGUCGAUCUUGGUCAAUCUAUUCAGCUCGAUGGUAAUUAUUGCUGUGCUGCAUGCGGAAAGGUUAUUGGAAUACUUGGGUUCUGGAAAAGGCAGCUGAUGGUUGCUAAAGAUGCUCGGCGUGUUGAUAUCCUUUGUUCCCGCAUUUACUUGAGCCAUAGACUAUUGGAUGGCACAACGCGUUUUAAAGAAUUUCAUAAGAUUGUAGAGGAUGCAAAAGCAAAGCUGGAAACUGAGGUUGGCCCCCUUGAUGGUACAUCUUCAAAGAUGGCCCGUGGCAUUGUUGGCCGGCUGCCUGUUGCUGCUGAUGUGCAGAAACUUUGCUCUUUAGCAAUUGAUAUGGCAGAUGCGUGGCUGAAGUCAAACUGUAAAGCAGAAACAAAACAAAUUGAUACACUUCCUGCUGCCUGCAGAUUUAGAUUUGAAGAUAUUACAACUUCAUCAUUAGUUGUGGUACUGAAAGAAGCUGCUUCUUCACAGUAUCAUGCUAUCAAAGGCUAUAAACUCUGGUAUUGGAAUAGCAGAGAACAGCCUUCCACUAGGGUGCCUGCAAUUUUCCCCAAAGACCAAAGAAGGAUACUGGUUUCCAAUUUGCAGCCUUGCACGGAGUAUGCUUUCCGGAUCAUUUCAUUUACUGAGUAUGGUGAUCUGGGCCACUCUGAAUGCAAGUGUUUUACCAAGAGCGUGGAAAUCAUUCACAAGAACAUGGAACAUGGUGCAGAAGGUUGCUCAUCUACUGCCAAGCGGGACAGCAAGAGUCGAAAUGGCUGGUCAUCAGGCUUCCAGGUGCACCAGCUGGGUAAAGUCCUGAGGAAAGCUUGGGCUGAGGAGAAUGGUUGCCCCAGUGAGGCCUGCAAAGAUGAGAUUGAAGAUUCCUGCUGUCAAAGUGAUUCAGCUUUACACGAUAAGGAUCAAGCUGCACAUGUUGUUUCCCACGAGCUUGAUCUUAAUGAAUCCUCAGUCCCUGACCUAAACGCUGAGGUGGUGAUGCCUACAGAGAGCUUCCGGAACGAGAAUAUAUGUAGUCCAGGAAAGAAUGGAUUGAGAAAGUCGAAUGGUUCCAGUGAUUCUGAUAUUUGUGCUGAGGGGCUUGUUGGAGAGGCACCGGCCAUGGAAUCCCGAUCACAAAGUCGUAAACAGACAUCAGAUUUAGAGCAGGAAACUUAUUUAGAGCAGGAAACUGGUGCUGAUGAUAGCACUUUGCUCAUCAGCCCACCCAAGCACUUCUCCCGUAGGUUAGGUCAGUUAGAUGAUAACUACGAAUACUGCGUCAAGGUUAUACGGUGGUUGGAAUGUUCUGGACACAUCGAAAAGGACUUUAGGAUGAAAUUUCUAACUUGGUUUAGCUUGAGAUCGACGGAGCAGGAACGGAGGGUUGUGAUCACUUUUAUCCGCACCCUUGCUGAUGAUCCCAGUAGCUUGGCAGGACAGCUCCUGGAUUCCUUCGAAGAAAUUGUAUCCAGUAAGAAGCCGAGAACUGGUUUCUGCAGUAAGUUAUGGCACUAAUCCAGCCAGGUGAAAGCCGAAAUCGCUAUCGUAUAUUCUUGCAAGGGGAAAAGUUGACGGGGCCACAAUUUUCCGCUUUGCUGAAAUACUACUUUUAACUACUGAUAAAUGUAUAUGUAGUUUAGUUUUGAUGCUGUGCUUGGCGCCCAGCCAGCCAUUACCCAUGAUGAUAUAUUGGAACUUGAAUGUCUGUAUCUGGUUUACUGGGAAAUGAAUACCCUUAUCAUAGUUAAAAAUCAUUAUCUUCCUUCCAUUAUAACAA